CCAGGAAAGAGCCUGACUACUAAACUGAAACCUGUACAUUUUUCUCACAGUACAUGUAGUAACAACACAAUGGCCUGUACAUUACCACUGGCAUUCCUUGUCCUUCAUGGAUUUAUCUCUCUUUCAGCAGAUUCAUGCAAUUAUUAUUUCCCACCUGAAGCUAACUUCACCAUCCCUCUUAAUUACAAUGAAUUGAGUUCGAAAGAAAUAACCUGGAAACACAAUGACAACGUUAUAUUUAAAAGAAAGAAUGGAAUAUCCUCAACCCCGCUUGGAUUUAACAUCAAAGAUGAUGGGUCUCUCCAACUCAAAGGCCUGGUGUCGGCAAACGAAGGUACUUAUAAAGCAGAGGUGUUCAACAGUGACGGGAAAAGCAUCAAAGAAGAGUCCUUCAGACUGUGUAUGAAGGGUAAGUCUCUUUCUCUCUUUCUUUCCAACCAUACAAGUACCGUAUCCUCUCCUUUAGAGACACUGACAUUUUGUUUCCCUCCAGAAAAGGUCUCCAAGCCCUCAGUGAAAUUCACCUGUUCUGAUAAGUACGUCACCUUUACCUGUAUCUUGACCAACACUGAGGGAGUGACUUUCAAGUGGAGAAAGAACAGAGAGCCUUUAAAUGGGGAAAUAAAAAAAACCUUGAUCAUCGGUCUGAAAGAACAGAUAGAGCCGGACACCAUCACCUGCUCUGCAGUCAAUGAGGUCAGCGAGGAGACAAGUGACAUCAUCAAACCAACAUGCAAGGCUGUCUCAAAAUCGAUUGAUCGGCGUUCACUGUUUGGUUUUGAUUUCUUGACCAUGGUGUGCAUCCUGGCCGGGGGAGGGGGCUUGGUACUCCUCCUCAUCAUCAUCACCUUGGUAUGCUGUUGCCUCAGCCGACGCAAGAGCCAGAUGCGCUUUGAAGAGGAAAGAGAGUUGAGACUAGCCCCCCUGACCAAGACCCAGCAUCCUUACCACUCAGAGGGCCAGACAAAGCAUCCUUCUGAACCAGAGGGCCAGAAGCAAAGGCAGAGACCCCCCGGUGGGGCCGCACCUGGUUCCACCGGCCCCAGGCCCACGGCCAGAGCCUCCAACCAGGCAGAGCCCCAACACAGAGCCCAGGCUCGAGGGAGGCCUCCACAGACACCAAUGGAUGACGAUGAAGAGCAUCCCCCACCACUACCCCAGCCCAGGAAGAAAGGCCCUAACCCUCCCAGACACUGAGUCUGGAAACAGGUUUAGCCUAUAUACUUUCCGAUCCAAGGAAAGGAGUUCCAGCAGUCUACAUGUUGAACAUUUUGUUAUCCAAAGAAUAGAAAAGGAAGGAAAAAACACCCAGACAGUGUUCUAUUGUACAAAUUAAUGUCGAUUAUUUUUACACUAGUUUUAAUAUAAAUUAAAUGUUUUUCUUCCAACGCCUUUUCAAAAUUCUGUUUCAUUGUUUUUAUGUUGAGUUGAGUGUUUAUCAAAAUCAUCCAUAGGUUGUAGCCUACCUAUCUAUCCACCUCCUCUUGAAGUAGUGACCUUAACUUGAUGUGUGUGUGGUUGUCAAUAAAAAGUAAAGAAUUACAGGCACAUACUGUAGUCAUUGACUGAAUUAUGUGAUUGCCAACCACAAAGCUAAUAAGGAAGCUGUGCUUUGAGGCAAUGUAUGGCAUCUUUCAAUGAUUAAUAGCUGAAACACCUGGGUUCACUUCAAAUACUAUUUAGAGUGUUGCAAUUACUUUCAAAUACAUUUUGAAUUUAGUAUAUGGAUAUUUUUCUAUGAAAGUACAAGUACACCUAACAAAAUGUAAAGUGUUGGUCCCAUAUUUCAUGAGCUGAAAUAAAAGAUUCCAGAAAU